AUGGAAAACAAACAGGACCAAACUGUCGAGUCCUCGUCGGAUGAUGACGCUCUUCCGCCGAGUCGCCAACCCUUCCUGUUGGAGCCCCCAUUGAUAGCUAUUCUUCCCCCGAGUUGGCCACCGCGUCCAGACAUCUUCGACGAGGUUCUUCUGCGAAAACCCAUGACUCCCGAGAGAGCUCACGACGCUUACAUGGCCUGGUAUCAUCCAGAUCAAGACUUGGGCCAAGUCUGGCGGCUGUGGGACGCAAAGAGUCAGCGUCCAUAUCCGCGGCCGCCUGAGAACGACGAGGAUCUCCACAUUCUGGCACACAAUGUCUAUGAGCAUCUGAUGAGCGACCCUCUCGUGCCUGCGGCAUGGGAAGAAAGCGAGCAAGUACUGGCUGAGCAAGCGCUGGACUCGAUUUACGAUCUCUCGCAAAACAUGCAGCAAACCAAGAAGGCAGCCAUCCAGUCGGGUAGUCUCGGAUACCUCAGUCUACUCAACUUACAACAGCUUCAAAUGCACUGCAAGGAACUCGGUCUGAGCUGUCACGGAGAAGCCACAGACCUUCGACUUCGUAUUGCUGCCGACUCGAUGAGUGAGUGGUCUGGUAUGCUAGCGCAAAGCGAUCUUUCGCAUUGGGGAAUUUCACGCCCAGCAAAAUUUGACUUGGAACCCUGGAAACAACCGAAAGCCGAUGCUCUGGAGAUGUACACUGUCGCAAUUCAGAUCAGUCCAUACAAUCCCACAUAUUGGGUGAGCCGCGCAUACUGCCAUUACCUUCGGGGCUUUUUUGACCUUGCCAUCGGCGACGCCUAUCGCGCUGGUAUUCUUUGCGACGUUCUGGAGCAGGCCUCCGAGCGCAAUCGAAGACCCGGAUUCUAUGUACGCAUAUUGGAGGCAAUUGAGGCCCACUUGAUGGUCAAUCCUCGCGAUGAGAAUGGUAACCUCAAGCCCGAGGUGGUCCGUAUGCGGCGGGCGAAUGGUAUCAAUGCGUUCGUUCCAACGCUCCAAAAGGCUCUUCACAGCAUCAUAAGCCUGAGUCUUGCGGGACUCAAUGCUUGGCAUGACUACGGUGAUCACAUCAAGAUUCUUGAUCAAAGACUGGGUAUGCCGGACCGUGACGUGCGAGUUCCACAGCUUCGCGCCAAGCUGAGCAGAAAAGCGGCCAAACUUCACCAAGAUCACAUUCGUGUCGGAAGGAAGCCUUUCUUCCACGAAAAAGGCGCAGGUGAGGUCCCUGCGAGUCGACCAUACCCAUUCGAAAAGCAAGAUGUGCAUCGCACUUCGCCGGCGUUUCUUCAAAAGCUCAACGAAGCCAUAUUCGGAGAGGAAAGCUCUGCGCACGAAAAAGGGUCGCCACUUUGCCAUAUCGACAGGGUUGACGAGGACCAUGAAUUAGGGGUCUUUGCUAUUGGUAAUAUUCAGAAAGAUGCCAUCAUUCACACCGAGGAGCCCACAAUACGGGGGCAUCUUCCACCUCGCCGUGUGGGAGAGGAUCUCCCGGGAAAAGCUGCCGACAAAGACCGAUGUGAGAACUGCUUGAAGGAAGUCGAAAUCAGCGCAACCAAGCCCAAAGAGUAUGAAAGUGCCAAUCAAUGCGCUUGUGCUACCAAGUGGCUUCGCUAUCCUGAAGGCCCCGGCCUGUCAUUCUGUGAUUCGGAUCCGCAAUCUACCGGGAAGAAGGGGUGUCUAGAUAUUGCACGUGAAGUUCAUCACUUCAGUAGCUGUGGCAAAGACUGGCGCUGGCUUUACGACGCAAUGAGGCCCGUCGUCGGCAAAUGGGAAGGAAAGGAAUAUUUCACUCACACAAACGAGGCGCACGGGACCGUUCUGAUGCUGCUUUUGCGCAAUGUAUUUGAAAUCGCGCUCCAUCGUCGAAACGAGGAGCCAGAGGAGGACAUGCGUCUGAAUCCUCACGAGAUUGACGAGCUUCUCGUCCUCGACGGUGCGAGCACGUCGUGGAGGAACAGCUGGUUUCCCUUCACCAUGGCAGCAAAUAUCAAAGUUCCUUUCGACAUUCUGGAAAGUCUCGGCGUUGAUAUCUUUCAGAGACCGGAAUUUGACACUUGGGUUAUCCAAGUUAUUUUACGGAAGCUUUUGGUCAAUGCUGUACCCUGGGAUCCACGCCGUCAAGGCGAAGUAUCCGAUCGACUUCCGUUUGAUGGAGACAAACAGCUUCUCACUCCCAAGGCGCAAUUGCAACUCGUCAAGAAAAAGAAACCACUCACGAACCUCGACCCAUCGUUCUGUAAUCUUUACUUAUUCCCGGGACUCAGUUUGUUCAACCAUUCAUGUGAUGGUUCACACAACGCUGACUGGGGCUACGACGAACUCAUUCCAAACCGCGUUGUUGUGUGGGCGACAAAGCCCAUUGCCCCUGGCGAAGAGAUUCGCAUCCGGUAUCGGCCAAGCGCCAUCACUUCUGAUGACUGCGCAACAAGACUAUUUGGUCGGCCCUGUCGAUGUACUCGCUGUCUCCAGAAGGCGACAUCGUAUCAAGACUCUGAUGCCGACACCUUUACAGAUCAGCAGUCAGUGGACGAAGAAACAUCCGCGAAUACCAGACAGUCAAGAGAUGAAUCCUGGCGGGCAAGCAACGACCCUGACUCUGACUCUGACGAGCCCUCGUCAUACUUUGACGCGUCUGAUGAGAUUGACUUAACCGAGUCUCUUCAAUCCGGGCAGGAUACAGACCAUGCUGUUGUCGAUGAUGGAAGGGUUGUGGUCUACCGCGAGCUGACCAGUCCGAAACCCGCGAAGCCUUUGGUACGCAAGAGGCAGUCCAUUGAGUCCGAAGAAUACUUUUCAGAUUACUCAAGACCAAAAAUGAUCAGAGAUCUCGAUGACAAAACAUGGCACAUCCCAUCGGAUUCACAGAAGCAUGCUCAAUGGGUUCGAGAGUACCGGGAGAAUCUGAGGGAUAGACUGGAGGGUAAAGAAGUGAAGGAGAAAAGUCCACAGAAAAAGGCUGUGGGGAAGAAAAAAGCGGUUAGGAAGUUGGGCAGAAAUGGCAAGAAGAAGUGA